AUGAACAGAAUCAGUCCUUUUAUCAGUUUCACAAGAUCAUUCUCCAUACUGUCGAGAUCUAUACUGAAAACUUCCCCGUUGGUAUCGUCUAUGACCCCUCUUCAGUCUAAGCUAAUGUCACCAUCAGCAAGCUCUCUAUUGACUCAAAAUUUUACAAGAGGAUUCAAGGUGAGAACCUCUGUCAAGAAAUUCUGUAGUGGAUGUUACAUGGUAAGACGUAAGGGAAGAUUAUACGUGUACUGUAAGUUAAAUAAGAAGCAUAAGCAAUGUCAAGGUUAA